ACCAAUAAAGAAAAUAAUUCGUAAUGAAUCAUGUUAAUUAUCGUUAUUUUCGGCUAUAUUCUCUAUACUGCCAGAAAUAUAACUAAUGGAGAAUAAAAUACCUCUUUUUACUUGUAUUUAACUAGUUUUGCCUAAAAUAAGUGACAUUUAAAGAUAUUGCCCCAAAGCUUUAAAAACACCAUGUGAUAGGUUUCCUGUAAUUGUUGAAAAUAAACUUCUUGUUAAAUUCCCCUGACUUUCAAAGCUGAGUAUAAGUUUCAAUAAAUGCUUUUAGUGAUGACAAAAAUGUUUAUUAUGGAGCAGCACUAUCCCUUUAAUAUGUCAUGUGUUAGAAAGCCUGCCCCUCUGGUAGUUUGAUCCCUCCCGCGGUAAAGUGAGGCACAGUCUGGAUCAUGGCACCACAAAACUUCCCAAAAAAUCAUGCAGUCGUCUUAAAAUCGAUGAACUGUUGACAUCUCUGUCCGUAGUCACUGCUGGAACUACUAAAUGCAUCACAUCCUCCGCACCGGAAAAUCUUUACUAGGAAAUACCGAUCAGACAGCGUGGCACAAGUGUUACUCUAGCUUUGUAAAGAUGAUGCGGGCAGUGUGUAUUGACGUACCAGGAGGACCAGAGAAUUUGCUGCUGAAAACUGUCCCCAGACCUCAACCCAAAGAUGGAGAAGUCCUAAUCAAAGUUCAUGCAACUGCCCUCAACAGGGCAGACUUACUACAGAGGCGAGGCUUGUACCCACCUCCUCCAGGUGAGAGUGACAUCAUAGGCUUGGAGGUGGCUGGUACUGUGGAUACUCUGGGCCCAGGGUUGAAAAGAGGCUGGAAGCCAGAUGACAGGGUAAUGGCCUUGCUCUGUGGAGGAGGAUACGCAGAAUAUGUUUCUGUGCCCGAGGGGCUUCUCAUGCCCGUACCGCCUCACCUCACGCUCUGCCAGGCUGCUGCAAUCCCAGAGGCCUGGCUCACUGCUUUUCAGCUGCUGGAUCUCGUAGCUCAGGUGAAGGAGGGUGAAGUGGUGCUGGCUCAUGCUGGAGCCAGUGGAGUUGGAACAGCUGCUGUUCAGCUGGUUCGUCUGUUUGGUGCCGUGCCCGUCGUUACUGCUGGGAGCACAGAAAAACUGAAGAUGGCUGAGAAACUGGGAGCAGCAGCAGGGUUUAACUACAAAGAGGAAAGCUUCGCACAGGGAGUUCGUGACUUCACAGGAGGCAAAGGCGCAAAUGUCAUCCUUGACUGCAUUGGUGGGCACAACUGGGAACAAAAUGUGAACUGCUUAGCCACCGACGGCCGGUGGGUGCUGUAUGGCACCAUGGGAGGCAGGGGAGUAGAGGGAGAUCUGCUGGGCAAACUGCUCUCAAAGCGAGGCCACUUGCUCACCAGCCUCCUCCGCUCUCGCAGCCUGCAGUACAAAGCAGACCUGGUGAAGGCUUUCUCACACAGAGUGUUACCGUUUUUCACGGACCAGCCUGCCUCCCUGAGGCCAGUGAUUGACAGCACAUUCAACCUGGAGGACAUUGCAGAGGCUCAUAGACACAUGGAAGCCAACAGAAACAUGGGAAAGAUUGUCGUUAAUGUAAUUCCACAGUCUCAGGAAAAUCUUUAACUACAACCAUAUAAUAAUGACUCUGAAAUGUAUUUGAAAAUUAUUUGUCUCACACAGAUGUUGAUUGUGAUUUUAAAUAUGCACCAUCCACCAAUAAAAUGAUCCAAUGAUUCAA